GUCCGCGUGCAUUCAAUAACCGCGCGCGUUUCUGAACGAACGCUAUACACCGUCCCGCGCAAACUUAUCCUUCUAAAUUUAAAUAUUAUUCGAUAUAUUUUUGGCCAGUUUCUUUUUGUUUAAUGUCGUGAAAAAUAUUUUCUUUGAGUAUUCUCAAGUGACUUUCAUGAUGACGAUCUACAGCAAAAUUGUUCAAAUCAUAUUGGUCAGUGUUUGACUGAUUGGAAAUUAAACUACGAAAAAGAUAUACAAGGAGAGUGUGGAGGGAAAGGUCGGAGUGGGAAGACCUAGACGAACGUAUCUUGAUCAAAUUAAGGACGUCCUGGUCACCAUGUCAACAGCAGUAGAGGGUGGUGCAUCUCUAGCCUGGCGUCUGCUGGCAACCUUGGAAGGAGGGUCAAUCCUACUAGCCACAUCAGCUCUCCUGGCCUACACCGCUCGCAAGAAAGUGGUCAGAGAAAAAAGAGGUCACAGGAGGCCGAUUAAAACCGUUUUGAUAACAAACACAAGCAACCCCCUCGGUCAGCAAAUAAGGUCCCAGUUGGAAGGUCGAGGCUGUUCAGUGAGCACGGUCACAGAAGACCUGUUGGAGGGAGUCAGGAGUGGUACCUGCAGCAGGGUGGAUGCCCUGGUGGUGGUGGGGGCGGAACCCAGCACGGAUUGCCUUAGCGGCAUGUCGGAGUUUGUGUCCCAAGAUGUGUAUAGUAAUUUGAAGGUACUAGAAACGACCUCAGUGCUAGUGCGGCCGGGCGGGUGCAUAGCAUGGGCGUGCGCGGGCGCGGAGGCGGGCAACAACGCGUUCAGUGUGGCCGGCGCGGCGUUCGACGCUGUCAUACAGGCCAGCUUGCAGCAUGUUGCCAAAAGUUCACAUUGCGAGCCAAUUUGGGUGGAACGUAGCGGAGGAAGUACCGACACAGCAAUGCGUGUAGUCACCGCACUCGUGCCUAACACCGACGAUCGUUCUGCGAGGUUCUCACUACGGAAUGUGACUCAUAAAGUGGGAGAAUAUCUGAGCAGAUGGUGGAAAAUUGUUACUUGAAAGAUGAGACCGAUGUACUCUAUAUUUAAACAAACUUAGCUGCAUUCCACACGCUACUACAUUUAAGUACGUGUUGAACUAAUAAAACAAAUAUUUCUGUAUACAGAAACUUCAUAUCACAAAACUUUCUUAUAAAACACAACAUCUCAUCGACUCCCUGUCCCGUCCUCCGUUGAAACUAAUUGGAUCACGGUAAAACCUGUUCGCCUUUUACGACAUCCUUGGGAAAUAAAGGUGUAGUCCUAUUCUAAAAAGGGAAGUGGAAACACACGCCACAAGAAUACUUUACUGUAGGUUGGUAAUUGCCCUUCAAUCCACUGGUUGCUUGGCAGAAAUCGCUGAAUUCAUCUGAUCCGAGCGCCCCGCCGCGUCUUCGAACGGAUACCAUUUAUAGAUACGAGUAUAAAAUUUUUCAGAAAACCCUCCUUCCAACAUAACUUGACGAGCUUAUCGCAUACCUACGUACAGACAGAUGAAAAUAGGGGGACUUAUAGUUAUAUGUACCUAGUGAUAAUAGUGAUAACCACCCAUUGUAAUUUGUAACGUGCUAUUAAAAUUUAAUUUUUCGUCCACCGUUAGGUAUAUUGUACUUGUGUAUUAACGUUAUUAUUUUUCCCUUUUUCUCCAUCUCUGAAUAAAUCCUAAUUAACUAAAAAAAUAUGAGACAUUGCCUUGUCAAUGUCAAUAUGUUAACUCCGCUGGGUCCGCUUUCGACAUUUACGACAUCUUAAUUAAAAAUAUUUAUUAUUAUAGCUUUGAAUAAAUGUGUUUAAAAGUU